AUGGUGGCUUUUACACCUGGGCCUGCCGCCCGUUUCUUGUGUGGUCUCCCACUGGCUUCAUCUCUGAUUUCACAGGUCCCACUGGCAGCAAACCCUGCGGUAUUCGAUGGCAACAUCACGAGCGACUCCUACUUCUACGGACAGUCCCCGCCCGUUUACCCGUCACCCCAAGGCACAGGACACGGACCGUGGGCUAGCGCAUACACCAAGGCGAGGGCACUGGUUGCCCGAAUGACACCAGACGAAAAGGUCACCCUGACCGCCGGCAGCAGAGCAGAGACGGGGUGCAUGGGAAACAUCGCUGCCGUCCCCCGCGUCGGCUUCCCCGGAUUCUGCCUGUCUGAUGCUGGGAAUGGAUUGCGAGACACGGAUUACGUCAAUGGCUGGUCGAGCGGGAUCCACGUCGGUGCAAGGCGAAGUAGCUGGAACAAGGAGCUUGCCCGAGACCGAGGUCGCUGGAUGGCUGAAGAGUAUCGGGCUAAGGGGGUACAUGUUCUGCUGGGUCCAAUGGUCGGCGCCAUGGGACGAGUCGUCGAGGGUGGCCGCAACUGGGAGGGAGUUUCACCUGACCCCUAUCAUGCCGGAGCGUUAGGGGCAGAGUCUGUCGUGGGCAUCCAGUCAACGGGCGUGGCAGCCUGCAUCAAGCAUUUUGUUGGAAACGAGCAGGAGCUCCACCGCAACCCAAUCAUCGACGAACAAGGACACUACGUCGAGUCUCUCUCCUCCAACAUUGAUGACAAGACAUUGCACGAGCAUUACAUGUGGCCUUUCCAGGACGCUGUGCGAGCUGGAACCGUCUCUGUCAUGUGCUCGUACAACCGGCUGAACAAUUCUUACGCCUGCCAGAACAGCAAGCUGCUCAACGGUCACCUCAAGGGAGAGAUGGGCUUCCAAGGCUAUGUUAUGACAGAUUGGUUCGCUCAGCAUGGUGGCAUCGCCUCUGCUAAUGCUGGAUUGGACAUGGUCCUGCCAAUCUCUCACUUCUGGGGAUCCAACCUCACCGAUGCCAUUGCCAACGGUACCAUGAGCGCCGCCCGCCUAGAUGACAUGGCAACACGAAUCCUUGCUUCCUGGUAUUUCCUCGGACAGGAUACCUCGUUCCCCCCGACUGGUAUCGGUAUGCCCUACGACGUGAAUGCACCGCACCAGCGCAUCGAUGCUAAGAAUCCCGCGGCGCGGGAGACUCUUUUGAAGAGCGCCAUCGAGGGCCAGGUUCUGGUCAAGAAUGACAAGAAUAGUCUGCCUUUGAAGUCGCCUAGGAUGGUGUCCAUCUUCGGCUACGAUGCCAAAGGGCCUGACAAGAUUGUCUUCAAUACUGGCCUCGUAGAUCUCAAUCAUUCUAUAUCGGCUGACCUUGGAGUCCUUCCAUUGAUCCAGCAAAACCACACUUUAUCUGUUGGUGGAGGGUCUGGAGACAACUCUCCAGCCUAUGUCGACGCCCCUAUCAAUGCGCUUCAGCGGAAGGCGCAAGAUGAUGGUAGCUCCCUGUUGUGGGAUCUCGAAUCCCAGGAUCCAGCCGUCAACCCAACGAGCGAUGUCUGCCUGGUAUUCGUCAAUGCUUUUGCCUCCGAGGCAUAUGACCGGCAGGGACUCACCGAUGCCUACAGCGAUACACUAGUAACCAAUGUGGCCUCAAAGUGCAACAAUACCAUCGUCGUUGUUCACAAUGCCGGCAUCAGGCUGGUUGACAACUGGGUCGAUCACCCGAACAUUACAGGCCUGGUAUUCGCACACUUGCCUGGCCAGGACACUGGCCGUGCCAUCGUGGACUUGCUAUAUGGCAAGAUAAACCCGUCCGGACGCCUGCCUUAUACGGUUGCCCGCCAGGCAGAGGACUAUGGUCACCUGUUGCAUGUCUCAAGGCGUGAGGGCAAGUUUUGGCGCUUCCCGCAGUCGGACUUUACCGAGGGCAGCCUGACAGACUACCGCGCCUUUGAUGCGCAGGGCAUCGAGCCCCGGUACGAGUUCGGCUUUGGGCUCUCCUACACCACGUUUGACUACUCAAGGCUGCUUGUGACCCAGCAUGAUGACUCGCCGGAAGCGUUCCCCCCCGCGGCUCAGGUCGAGCAGGGGGGUAAUCCACACCUUUGGGAUGAGGUCGCGACAGUCUCCGUCGUGGUGGCUAAUACGGGCACUGUUGACGGCAGCGAGGUCGCCCAGCUCUAUGUUGGCAUCCCUGGCGGUCCGGUCCGACAGCUGAGAGGGUUCGAAAAGGUGUACAUACCAGCGGGCGAGGAAAUCCAGGUGGCCUUUACGCUCACUCGACGCGAUCUGAGCGUGUGGGAUGUGGCGAGCCAACAAUGGCUUCUGCAGCGUGGCGGCUACAGAAUCUAUGUGGGCAGGUCGAGCCGUGAUCUCCCGUUGCAGGGGACUCUGCGCAUUGGGUAUAUCCAUCGUGCCAGUGCAUGCGAUGGAAGCUGUGUGUUGCAGAGGUGA